UCAAAAGGCUCGGUUUUCACCUCCGGUGUCGAGUAGCCGCCAUCUUUGUAUCCGUUCAAAUACAAAAAUAAUAUUUAUUUUAAUUCACUAAGUUGAGAAAAUAAUUUGGUAUAGGAACUUAUGUCCGCAGCAUAAGAGCAUUCAUUUGAAGCCUUAUCGAGAUGUCGCUGGUGGAUUUGGGGAAGCGGCUACUUGAGGCUGCACGGAAAGGCCAGGACGAUGAAGUCAGGACACUCAUGGCCAACGGGGCUCCCUUCACCACAGACUGGCUGGGCACAUCUCCGUUGCACCUGGCCGCCCAACACGGACACUAUUCCACCGCCGAGGUGCUGCUCAGAGCAGGUGUCAGCAGGGACGCCCGAACCAAAGUGGACAGGACCCCUCUGCAUAUGGCCGCUUCAGAGGGCCACACCGUCAUCGUGGAUCUAUUAGUCAGGAGUGGAGCAGACAUUAAUGCCAAAGACAUGCUGAAGAUGACUGCUCUCCACUGGGCCGCCCAGAACGGCCACCAAAGGGUAGCGGAGACGCUCGUCAAACAUGGCGCAGAUGUACACGCUCUCAGUAAAUUCGAUAAGACGCCGUUCGACAUCGCAGGAGACAUCCAGAAUGCAGACCUUAUGCUCCUACUACAGGAAGGAAUGCAGAACCAGGUGAACAUGAACGCAGAGGCUGGCAUGACGGGGAGCUCGGCCCAGCCUCAGUUUAUCAUCCAGGGCAUCCCAGGGCUCCAGGGGGGCGUGGUCAACCUGGCGGACCUCCUCAACAACGCUGCCAAGGCCAACUCUGGUAGGCUCCAGGGGGGCGUGGUCAACCUGGCCGACCUCCUCAACAACGCUGCCAAGGCCAACUCUGCAGUUGAAUCUGAGGAAGCCAUAGCAGCCAAUUCUUUGGACCCCAGCAGCAUCCAGCACAUGGUGAACGAGCAAGGUCAAAGGGUUAUCACCAUAGUGACCGACCAACACGGCAACCUGCAGACUGGAGGGCUUGGUCAGCCAUUCUUUGUCACCAUGCAGCACGGACAACAGAUGUUGGCGAUGCCAGCCAAUCAGGUGACAGAGGAGGUGGUUGAUGAGGAACCCCAGCCCCCGCCUUCCCGCAAGAGGAAACUGGAGGCCUCGGCCAACCACAUGGAGUCUGGAGACACGGAGCAGUUACAGAGGCAGCUGCAGGAGGCCAACCGGAAGGCCCAGGAGUACCGGCAGCAGCUGAUGUGCAAGGAGCAGGAAGCAGAGCAGUACCGCAUGAAGCUGGAGGCAAUGUCGCACAGCCAUACCAACGGCACCUCGGAGGAGGUGGUUGGGGGUGAGGAGGAGGUGCAGGAGGAGAUGAUGCUCCAGGAGGGAGACAUCAUCAUCAAGACGGAGGGGCUGGACUCGGCCGAGGAGCAGGUGACGCUGGUGGACUCGGCGCCCUCCCACACCGAGGUCAUCUCAUAAUGUCAGACAGACUGAUGUCACUGACUGAAGGAGAAAUGGACACGUGGACUCAGGCGACAGGCCAGCCUGUUGGUGUUUUCAUAGCUCUUUUGUUAAUUAUUUUCCUGCUAUGUUUUGUUUUUGUACAAUAUUUACUUUUUCUGCCGUUUUAUUUUCCUCAACUGUGUUUAUUUGUGUUUUAUUUUUUUACAAAUAGCGAAGCGAGGAGCUGAAUAUAUUGAUUGAGGAGCAGGAACGGGACCUGCUCAGCCUGUGACUCGGUAAGGUUGCCUAGCUGAAGAACGUCUAUGCUCCCUGGGAAAAACGGGGCCUCGGGCGCUCGGUCUCGGAUAUCUAUGGUGUCUGAGACAUGUCAAUGUUGUGUGGGGAAAUGCAUUUUUCAUGGUUCCAACAGCAUGUCCUAAUGUGACCAAGAUGCACAUCCAAAGUUUAUUAGACACGUCCAUCCAUAGAACCAGAGGGCAGGUCUGUUGGAGAGAACACUGUUUUGUUCAACUCCUUCAGGUCUCAAAAGUCUCCCUCUGCCUCAGUCUUCCAUCCAACCACCCACCACCAUGGGCAAUGGGAAUGGUACUUAAGCAUGCCCAUUUCCUAUUUCAAAAUAAUCCUCUUACAUGAGUAAUGACAGUGCAUGUAGUUGGCAACAGUCAUUCUCCGCAUGUAUUGGGCUCAUCAUUCACAGUGUAAUAUUGAAUUGUUUCAAAGUUGUGAAUGGCAGUGUUUUGCCUUUCGUGGCACCACGUUAAGCUUUGUCCUCUAGUUGUCGUCGGUGCCACUUCCAUAGUGCGGUAGUGAUUGUAGGUUUACUGUUGCACAAGCCACAACUUUCCUCCCGCUGAUGUUGACACAAAGAUAAACUUCCCAUCGUUUUAAUGCCCCCGUGGCUUUAAUCACUAGUAGCCCCACUCCCCAGAGACGGACAGGAAUAAGGGUGUCUCGUAAAAUUAACGAUGUUGAUACACUAUAAACAAAAGUAUGUGGACUCCACUUCAAAUGAGUGGAUGUGGCUUCUUCAGCCACACCCGUUGCUGACAGGAUAUAACAUUGAGCACACAGACAUGCGGUCUCCAUAGACAAACAUUGGCAGUAGAAUGGCCUUACUAAAGAGCUCAGUUGCUUUCAAUGUUUCACUGUCAUAGGAUGCCACCUUAACAAGUCUGUUCAUCAAAUUUCUGCCCUGUUCAAGCUGUCUCGGUCAACUGUAAGUGCUGUUAUUGUGAAGUGAAAAUAUCUAGGCGCAACAACGGCUUAGCCGAGAGGUGGUAGGCCUCACAAGCUCACAAAACGGGACUGCCAAGUGCUGUAGCGCGUAAAAAUUGCCUGUCUUCUCUUGCAACACUCACUACCAAGUUCCAAACUACCUCUGGACGCAACGUCAGCACAAGGACUGUUCGUCGGGAGCUUCAUGAAAUGGGUUUCCAUGGCCGAGCAGCCACGCACAAGCAAGCCUAAGAUCACCAUGCGCAAUGCCAAGCGUUGGGUGGAGAGGUGUAAAGCUCGCCGCCAUUGGACUCUGGAGCAGUGGAAAUGCGUUCUCUGGAGUGAUGAAUCACGCUUCACGAUCUGGCAGUCUGGGUUUGGCGUAUGCCAGGAGGAUGCAACCUGCCUGACUGCAUAGUGUCAACUGUCAAAUCUGGUGGAGGAGGAAUAGUAGUCUCGGACGGGCUCGGCCCCUUAGUUCCAGUGACAGGAAAUCUUAACGCUACAGCAUCCAGUGACAUUCUAGAUGAUUCUGUGUUUCCAACUUUGUAGCAAAGGUGGGGACCAACUCCAUAUUAAUGCCCAUGAUUUUGGAAUGAGCUGUUCGACAAGCAGGUCUCCACAUACUUUUGGUAGUGUGUGUGCGUGUACACACAUUACCAAAAGUUUUUGAGAGGAGUGUACAUCUUGAAUAAUUUGAUUUUUCACCAUGGCUAACUGGGCGGAUGAAAUACACCACCAAUUUUGGUUUCAGAAUUUAAACCCCCUCAGAUAACCCCUAUACUUACCAGCCCCAAUACCUCUACUGCCCCUUUUGAAGUUAUUGGAGGAAGAGGCCUGCUGUUUUGCUGGAAUACCGUUCCUCUGCCCUAUUGCGCUCUCCACUCACCUAUUGUAAACAAAGACUUGUCUCUUCCUUUGUUCAGAAGUCAAUAUUCUUCAUGACUAAUAGUUAUAUUUUAUAAGCUCUCCACAAGCCUUUUUCUUAUGUACAUAUAAAAUGUAUUUUUUUAAGUGUAUCUGAAUGCUAUGGGAUGUAAACUGCCUAUAUAUGAAAUAUAAGCACAUCUUUCAUUUGGCAUCUCUUUGCUAGAUUGUAUAGUUGAACAUGUUUAGUAUGCACCAAUUUGAUGAAUAAUCAUAUUUACCAUGAUUUGACUGUUGUAGCUUUACCUGUCGUUACGCUACUGCUUUCACAGUUGUGGCCACUUGACCGAGCCAUGAAUGACUUGUGUGUACUUUGAUUGCUUUGAUUAAAAAAACGAUAAACUGUCUUUAAAAUGUUAGAACUGGUAUCUGCCACGUGCUUUACUGUGUGUGUUGGAUAACCUCAGUCUUCUCAGAGAUGGAGAACUCGUGGCUCAGUACAAUUUCCUGUUUUAUGCAUUGUUCCAUAUUUUGACCAGCAGGUGGCACUACACUAACGGACUGAGGUCUGUGAAAUGACAUUGAACAGGGAUCAUAUAUCUAUAUUUCUUUCCCUCAAUCCAGUUGUUUUGCUACUAAUACAGCAUGUGGAACAACUGUAGAGUAACCCACAGUGAUAUUGAAGCGUUAUUAAAUACUUAUUUUCUAACUCCCUUAUCGCUAUGACAAGUUGUCAUUUAUGUAAGAAUGCAUUUGUACUUUCUAUCGAGAUAAUAUUAAAUACAAGCUCAAGGGAUGUGGAUCUUGGGUUCAAAGGCCCAGCCACAUUUUAAAGGAAAACUCCACUCAAACUGCUUUUUUGGUGUUUCUAUCAACAAUGGACUGAUAGUUUUUUGGGGGUAAUUUCCCUUCAACUUCCCUCAUUUGAUGCGUGCAUGCCAAGUUCUCCAACUGUUUUGAAUUUGCAAUGUUACACUGCUGCUCAUGGCACUGCAGUGAAGUAACCUCGUGAAGCCUCAAUGUUUAAUCAUUUGACUUUUAUCAUAAAGCAUCUCACCGAAGCAUAUUAUAAUAGAAUAUACCUGAUCCAGAAUUCUUACUAGAUCUCUCUAUUGGGAUACAGUAUAGCAUAUUUUUGUGAUAACAGACAUCACAGCAGACACCAUUUUGAAAUCAACAGAACACUAUUAGGGACUUUCCUCUUGAUAAGGAAUGAUGAUCUUGCCACAAGUUGUGUAAUGAAUAAUGUAGGAUGGUUUUGUAUAAUUGUUUUGUUAUUUCAAGAGAAGUGUAUGGACUAUUUUUAAGCAUCAAAUAAAUGCAAACUCUUUUA